ACCAGCCAAUAAAAUACUUUCGACUCGUUGUCGAAAGAAAAAAAAAUAGAAAAAACUUGUAAAAGAUUUUGCUGCAGUAAUUUAGGAAAAAUUAAUUCAACUCAAAAACAUGUAACUCAUUAUAUGACCUAAGUGAUUAAAAAGUUUUUUAGAAGAUAAAGCUUUUAACAGUUAUAAGUUCGUAAUAUUAUCUUGUUUGAAGUUAAUUUUAUUAUUUGCUAUUUUUUCCUCCACAUUUCAUUACUGUAACAUUAUUAUAAUGCUCUGAAUCUUAUAAAUGUCAGUAAAUAAAAACUGAAUGUUAUGGCUCCUGGUAACAACGAGCGACAUCCAAGUCAUACGGGAACUAUACCCAAGACAAAAGUGCGAAAUAAUUGUAAUGUUCCACAAGAAGCUGUAACACCAACAAGGAGAGACAUGACGACCAAUCUCGUAACGACAUCUCUUGAUUGGGUGCCCGUCUCAGAAUACAACAGUCGUUCUAACUACAGUCAGUCGAGGAAACCAACAAAUAAUACAUCGGAUCAUGAACUAACUGAUUUGGACAAUUCAGUAUCAUUUGAGAGUGGAUUUGGAAGGUUUGUGCCAGUUAGACCUCAGCCGCGCGCGUUACCGCUAAACGUGCAGAACCGCGAGAAUAUAUCCACUGAACAACAUGACGAUGGUGCUGGAUCAUCCUUGUCUGGCCACACUUUGCAUCCCUAUGUACAUCAGAUGCAGAAUGGUCUAAUUCCUCACUCCAAUCAUGCAUCAGCAGCUGUAAUGAUAGUUAAUCCAACUACACCAAAUGCUGUAACUGGGAAUGUUUCACAACCAUUUAAUGCACCAAAUCAAAACAGAAAUAAUUUAACUAGGAACUUGAAUCCUUCUCGAAAUAAUUUCGAAGGGAGCCACGCAAGCAACAAUAACACAACACCACCAAUAUCCAACUCUAGAACUGGAACAAAGACUGUCAACUUAAUCAACAAUAUGUAUGAACAGGGACAAGGCGGUUUCAACAAUCUUAAUGAGAAUAAUCAUGUGCACCGGGAAUCUGCCCGAGCUUUGGGGGAGGCAAUAGCGGCAGCAUGUCCUGAUGCAGCGGCUGUAGAGCGCAGACUUGGACAAAUACGAGAAUAUAUCAGGGUUACUUCGUCUCUCGUCGAUACUAUGCGUAAUUCUGAAGAAGAGGCUUUUAUUGAACACACUAAAGAAGAAUACGAUGAACUGGUAGAGAUGGUAAUGAAAUUGAAGGAAAGUGAAUCUAAACUUGUGAAAAUGCUAGAUGCACCAGAGAAUGUUGAAGUACCUGCUGAGGAGACAGAUGGAGUUGUCAUUGUAGAGAUACCAGCUACUGAUUCUCAUACAGAGAGCAAACCUGAACCUUCAGUAGAGACAAACUCGAAAGUAGACAAAACAUGUAAUGUUAAAAAUGCGCCUGAUAGUAAUGUAAUAAACAAUAACUUGAAAAAGGUUACUAACAUUGAAAAUGAGCAGCUGAAUAAAUCCAUGCAUAGCAUUUUGAAAGAAGAAGACGGUCACGCUCAGGAAGAAAUCAAGAGAGCUGCAGAUGGUGUAACUAUUGUAGUCGAAAACGCAGAACCUUCAUCAUCAGCACCUGACACUGCCGAUGUUAAAGAAAAUAAAAUUCAAGUGGUUGACGAAGACGAAAUAAGGAAAGACGACCAAGAAUUAAAAGAUAUGCUACGGAAAAAUAUACUUUCGUGUGUGGAAAAAAUAACGCGGAUAGAGGAGAUGAAAAACAAAAAGAAAGAUUUGAAUACACGCAGCGAUCAGGAUGCAGUAACGCGACCAGUGUCGGCCCAAAGCAACGGCUCCACGUACAGUGACAAUGAACUGUGGCAAAAUGAGAUUAAAAAUAAAAUGGAAAUGUCGCAAAUGCGUUUGGCAGCUUUGAAACAACAACAACGGAGGCUCUUAAAAUAUCAGGAAGAAGCAAAGCAUCAAUUGGAAGAGAUGAAUAGGGAUAGGGAAAGAGAGAGACAAGCUCAGGAGGUGCAACCUUCUACUUCACAUGACAACUUUGGUGGAGCACAAAACCAAUCGCUAGGUGGUAAUUACCAUCACGCAAAUCGUAUGUACGCUGCCAACCAGCAGAUAGGUGUUGCGACCACGUUACCGCAUUCGUCAGAAGCUCUGCACUUACAGCAAAACAUGACUGCCAGUGUAGACACUGACCAUGGACACUCAGUACAUUCUGCACAUAGCCAAGAUGAUAGGUUCUCGCAUCGGGAUACGAAUGUUACUGGAAGUGAGGAGGCAGCAGGCGUUGGGCGUGACAGUGAGGCAGAUGAUGACGAAGUUCUUCUGAAUGAACGCAGUCGUAUUUUACAACUCAAACUUAGAGAAUUGCAGAUGAAGAAGCAACAUAUGGAAAGUUUGGUGCAGGAAUUCCAAAAACUCCAAAUGGCAACUCAUCUAGGAUCCGGCCGUAACAACUACUCUAGCUCAGGCGAAGACAGUGGUGACGAAGAAUUACCACGAAAAUGCAAUAAACCCACAACCAACAAUAAAAAUGAUGAUCCUUUCAAAUUAUUGGAAAUAAAAGCAAUUAAGACAGCUCUUCAAAAGACAAAAGAUUUGAUGAGAACAGUAGAAAAUUAUGAAUCAGAACACCUUUCUACGGCUCACGAUGAUUCUUUCAGAGAAUUAUCGACUCACUCGAAUAUUCAUGACAAUAAAUCUGAAGGAGGAGGGAGUAUGGGCGGCUGGUCUAACGAAGGCAGCAUGUGUCGCGUGCGCAACUCGUUGCCGCAGCGACACAAGUUCACCAACGAACAACACUCGCAGCAACACUCGCAGCAACACUCGCAACAACACUCGCAACAGUUGCACGCGCAACAACAACUUGCGCAACCACAACAUCAUGCGCAACCACAUCACGCGCAACAGCAACAAAGCGUCAAAUCAGGUCACGAGGACAACAUAGCGACGCUGCAGGAGUUAGCUCAAGAGCUCCGUAUGGAAACGGAGAAGAUUAUGGGUGAGCGUGCUCGCAUCAAGGACAUGAUAUCUAAUAAGGAAGUGAGCCGUAAGCAAAAGAAAGUGAAUGAAGAAGUGCGCGCUGGUCCGAGUGGACAGAGCGUGCCAAGCAGUGCGCCCGGGCCCGCCGAGCGACGACAGAUGCAACUACGGGCAUUACUCGCUGACAAGCAACGCGAACUGGAAGCUCUACUCAACAAAGAGAAAGUUCUAUGUUCGGCUCCUGAGCCCCAAAAUAUGAAGCAAGAAUCGCGCAGCGCGUCUGUUGUCAACCAAUCAUACAAUAGUGAACAAGAUCGAAUCAGCGAGCCUGAAUCAAGAUCUGAGCAAAUACUGCUGGAUUCGCAAGACUCUAGAGAGACAGAGAACUUUAGGGGCGGCGGUGACAGCGCUAUGGGUGGCAGAUCUGCCGCAGCUUUGCCUCCUCAUAUGGGCAGCGCUUACGGAAGCGACACAGAUAGUGCAUCUAGGAAUAAAUCUAAUCAGAGAAACCGGGUCCGCCGACGACAACCCCUAGAGAGACAGACAGAUGAUAGUAGUCUGACUCAGUCCAACAAUACAAAUCAGAAUAUACGUCACGAACCUAGAGCGGAAUCGUCGAAUGUCAAUAUGGUGCCGCCAAUUUCUCAAAAUGCUGGAGAAAACCCUGGACACAUGCCUUAUCCACACAUACCACCGCCUGGCUGGAAUACAAGCAAUAAAUCCAACCAGGAUAUGAGGAACCAGUUCACGCAGAACAGUCACUCUCAGACUAUGGAGCGUUUAAUGGGAACUCCACAACUGUCCUUCCCACCGUCCAUGCCAUUCAACAUGAUGAUGCCAUACAGUAUGGUGGGAGGAUGUAGCUGUGGAUGCGGGUUCUGGGGCGCGUGGUGCUGGCAGCAACUCGUCAUGCAGCAACGGGAACUGCACCAGCUCCGGGAACAACUUAACCAUAUGGAAGAACGCUGGCGCGCAGAAACAGCGUCGCACACGCUGAAUAAUCAAGUUCCUCCGGGAAACAGAGCUAAUAAUUAUUGGGAUAACUUCCGCAGUUAUUCGCGACAAAAUCUUCUGUCGGCCAAUAACAAAGCAAAUGCUGAUGGGCACUUAGGAGUUGGGCCCGCUCAUAACCCGCACCCUUUGGUCGAAAGAUCUCAUAAUACACUCCACCGUACCCCCUCAGCCACGCCUCCUUGUAUUACUCCUAAGAGAAAUACUAACGCUGCCAGUUCAUCUCACAAUGCUGCGCAAUCAUCUCAGGCAAAUAACGAUGACGUACCAAACAGACAUACGCGACGGAACGUUGCCUACGAAAGAUCCCUUUCCUUCUCAUCUGCUCCAGACGUAUUGAACGUAAACCAGAAUCCCGACGCCGAAACGCCCACAGCUUGCCUUUCAAGAAAUAUUGAAGAAAACAAUGUCUCUAGCUCAUGUAAUAUCAAUAUUAAUCGCCAAGACGCUCCAUCGAACUCUUUUAGAAAUUUGAACAUAACCAAUCCUAUUCCAGAAAUUAUACAGGCCCAUGCAAAUAACUUAAACACGUCUGCUAACAGCAAAAAGAAAUCAUCUUCUAAAUUACCUGCUAAGAAUUCAACUAAUCGAAGAAAUUAUACUUUGGAUUAUUCACAAAUGAGUAACAUUAACAUUGCAAGCACUUCUGAGAUGCCUAAUCCUAAUUUAGCGUCAACAAGUCGCGAAGUGCAAGAUAAGGCUACAUCGAAGUUGUUUGAUCUUCUCAGAGAAAAUGUUUAUUCUGAAGUGACAGCUUUGAUUGAUGUAAAUGAAUCUCACCCAGAUUUUUUGAUACAGCUGUUUAGAGAGCUACAGCUGAUAAGUUCUGACACUUUGCGACAGAAAGUGCUACAGUCUAUACGUGGUGUACUAUCUCAAUAUAGUUCCAUUAUUGAAAGUCAAAGCAAUGAAAGCGCCCAUGACGAGAAUAGACAAGAGUCAGUUUCAACGACAUCGGGUGAAGCUACCGCGUACAAUGACUGCAAUGCGUUACCUAUGCAAAAUGUGGCUGGAAAUUCUCUGCAACUUGACAAUAAAAUAGUGCGUUUUUUACUGUUGAAAAGCGAUGAGACAUGCACUGCGGAAUUUUUAGAGACAUUAGUAUCUCUUAUAUUGAGCAACACUGCUGAUGGUAGAUAUACUCAACAGGCCAAGAGGCGGCUGCUUGAGUUACUUUCUAAAUACGAGGGUAUGCGAGUUUGUGAUGUUUCUGGCGACAUUAUUGAAAAUUUGCCAGUUUUCAUACCCUCUAGUAAUGAAAGUGAGCCAACACAACUGACAAAUGAACUAUCUGAAUCUGCAAUCCUGCAAGAUGUCGCUGGCUCCUUAAAUUUAUUCAGUUCAAGCGACAGCCAGUUGCAUCAGCUAAAUGCUUGUCCUUACGACCUGUGGCCUGGGCAUGUUCACAUGGAUAUUGAGAAUUCGGACAUGAACGAUAAUAGCCCACGUUCUAGUCAAGAAGGAAAAGUUGAUCUCAUAAAUUGUUCAGAAAUGCAUAAUGGUGAUUUGGCGGAGGCCGACCAAACUCGAUGUGACGAAUUAGAAGAUGGCGCAGUUAAUGGACACGAUGAAGCAGGAGCUAACGCAGAGGCCCUACCCGACGUGGUCGACACGGAAGAAGUCACACCGACAGAGGCGGAAGCUGAGUGGCUUGGACUUGACCGUGUGCCAACAAGGCUGCACAUGGAAGAAUCAUCUGAAAAACAAAAAGGUGAAGUUAUUACACUAGUAAAAAUGGAGCAAAAACCCAAACUAAGCCAUUUUGACUUUUAAAUUGUUUGAGCUUCAACUGAAAGAGAAAUACAUAAAUUAAAGCUUCUUACUCCACCUGUAACAGAAAAACAAAGCAAAUUGAAAUAAUUAGUGUUUUCUUUUUUU